AUGUCUACUAAGCAACGGCCAGCAGUUCCACCCAAACCGGCACGACUUUCUAUGGGAGCGCGUAAAUUAACCUCGCCCAUCACCACGCCCCGAUCACUUACAGAACAACCACUUUUCGAGUCGCCUCCGUCCUCACCCUCACCAAAAACUCCAAGUACCGGCGAGAGCACUCCUGUAGGAACUGUGUCAUUUUCCGUACCUGUUGGAAGACAGGCGAGGGCUUUGUAUGACUUUGAAGGAGAGCCUGAGUUUAGGGAGUUAUCAUUUUUCGCCGGAGAUGUGUUGAAUGUCUUGAGGGAGCAAUUGGCUGAAGGAUGGUCUAUGGCUGAAAAAGACGGGAUUACUGGAUUAGUUCCCGAUUCAUACAUUACGUACAUUAAUGAAUUCAACGAGGUUCCUCCGUCGACUCUCGCAGCAAUGCGUUAUCAAGUUGGUGGCAUAUCUCAUGCUCAAUCCCAAGUUCACAUGAAUGGAAGCAUACGCUAUAAUAGUAUUAUUGGCAGGCGUCAACUCAAUCGAUUCAGUUGGUUUGUUACAACUGGUGUCGAGGAGUAUUUAUUGGAUGACGGUAAUGGUCAAGAAAUACCUCAAGCAAAGACAUCCAAUGAUGAAGAAAUCGAAGAAGUUUCCGAAUCUGAUAAGCAUUAUGUUCAGAGUGGACCAAGUUGGCUGGAAAAAGCUCCUAUUUUUAAAGUUCUUGUGCAUAGCCCCGAGAGAAGAGUAAAACUUGGGGGCAUGUCAGAAUAUACCAUAUUUCACGUGACUUCGUUGUUUCCUGGAGGUAUUCAAGUCAGUGUAGAGAGAAGAUUUAGUCAAUUUGAAUGGCUUUACAAUAUGCUGUGUGCUAAAUUUGGGGCAUUGGUCUUGCCUCCUCUUCCCGAGAAACAAUUUGCUGGUCGGUUCAAUGAUGACUUUAUCCAGAGGCGUCGUCGAGCUCUCGAAAGAUUUAUUAACCGCUUGGCACGUCAUCCAGUCAUCCGAUACUCGGAUUUAUUAACUCACUUCUUAAGCUGUCAGAGUGAUUCCGAAUGGCGCAGACGAGAGAAAGAAUUUGAACAGGACAAGAUACUUGGGUACAAGUUCUUCCAACACGUCUACCAUCCCGAAUUCAAUGUUGAUGAUGGAGAUCUGGAAACUGUUGAAAAAUUCGAAGCAUUCGCUCGGUCAAUGGAGAAAUUAAUGCCUUGGGUUAAUGAGGCUUCUCAGGCACACAAAGAUUCCAUGACAGAGUGUCAACGACAGUAUCGUAGAGUCAGUUAUUCACUAUUACGUUUAAUUACUGGACACAAUGUUGGAGACGGAUUUGCAGGCAACAACGAAGACGGUGCCUGGUGUUGGAGGGAUGGUUGUCAAGCGUGUCUGAAUCUUACUAAAGCAGUGCAGUCAGUUAGUGAGAGCUUGCAGUCAGUGGCUGAUCUGUACGAGUCUUAUAUUAAUGACAAUUGUGUUCCAUUGUGUGAGAAUCUCAGAGAUUAUAGUAAUCCAAUGAGCACGUGUCUGCCAAUAAUUGACAUGCAUAUGGGCACAUACAAAAGAUAUAAGGACAUAGCAGAUGCUAGUGAUCCAAUGGCCGAAGACGAGAACGUGGACUUGGAAACUAUCAGUUCUCGAUGUGAUACAGUAUUUAAUGUCACUCUUGCAGAAAUUGACCGUAUUCAUGACGAACGUGUUUGGGAUUUCAAAGAAAAUACGAAACAGUAUCUGGAUGGGCAAAUCGAAUUCUACGAAAAGAUUCUCGAAGAACUUCGCCAAGCCCGCGCGACAUUCGACGAUCCACAUUAUUCAUCACUGUCACAAACUCCACGCGAGACUAGCAAAUAUGAAGCAAUGAUUGAUAGUCAGCGUCCGGUGUUAGCUCGACCAGUGUCUAUGGCCUCAGUUUCCUCAAUGACUACUAUGAUGGGUGGAGUGGUUGAUGGAGUAGGAAGCAUGGGAAGUUUUCUGAAGAGAACGGCUCGAAGUUCUAUAGCAAAAACCACUAUGUUUGAGGGAUGGUGGGGACGGAGCUGA